UUAGCCCUGAAGAAACAACAGCUGCUGAAGGGAGAGUAUGAGGGAGAAACUUUGGGUUCGCCUUAAGAAUAGGGAGGCACAGGACAGGGGAAGACCGCAAAUGGAGUGACUGCAGGCCCGACUUAUUGACGAAUUGCCCCGCCUUCGAUCCUUCUGUUCUGAGACCCGGACAAGGUUAAUUAGAAUACUAAUUGGGUCCGCCCAGAAGCCUUUACCCUGCCCCAUGACCCUGGGAUUCAGCCUGAGGAGGCUCCCGGGGUCGGAGGUCGGAUCAAACUCGUGCCUUCGUCACUUCGCCGCUCGCGCAACUCGACUCGCCGCCUCCUUCGACCAUGGAAGCCGCCGGCAACCUUGAGUCUGCGGGGACAGGUGACCGACCCGCACCGCUUUCUGCCCCGCACGUCCCUCUCGCGGUCUCUGGCGGAGGGUUGAGCUGGGCGACCGAGAGCAGUCGGCACGCAAUUUCGACCUCUCCAGCUUCUGAGGGAGGAUUAGUUGCGGUCCUCCCUUCGCCCCACCAACAUUUGUUAGCUCCAGUGCAUUCUCGGAGUUUGCCUGGCUCGCCCCGCCUCAUCCCACGACCCCAAGCCGCUGACCCGAGUGCAGGCUAAGGCCUGAAUUUUCAUCCUUUCCCCGUUUAUCAGCCCCCGCCUCCGGGUGCGGGGGAGCACGCGCCCCUUUCUGGGUGCGGGGGCUAUGCGCUUUUUUUCCGGCAGGUCCGGGACGGACGAGGAGUGCUCGUGAAGAUAGGGACCGUGCCUCAGAACUUCUGGGCGCCUCAAGGACUGUUUUUCACGCAGGGCCUCAAUGACGGUAUCAGUGACAAGAAAAGCCAGCGGCUUCUUCAGCUUCUAUUCCCUUUUCCUCUUCCCCGCCCCAGCCAUGAAAUGGUGCACUCUCCCUUUAAGACUAAGAUGGUGGCUUGCUACCAUCAGGACUCCACUUCCGGUGGGGAGGGGGCGGGACCCCAGCCCGCUCACGCCGGAAGUGGUUUGCGUUUUCAAGAUGGCGACUCCCUAUGUAACUGACGAGACCGGCGGCAAGUACAUCGCCUCCACACAGCGACCUGACGGGACCUGGCGGAAGCAGCGGAGGGUGAAAGAAGGCUACGUGCCCCAGGAGGAGGUCCCAGUGUAUGAGAACAAGUAUGUGAAGUUUUUCAAGAGUAAACCAGAACUGCCCCCAGGGCUGAGCCCUGAGGCCACUGCUCCUGCCACCCCAUCCAGGCCUGAAGGCGGUGAAACAGGCCUGUCCAAGACAGCCAAACGCAACCUGAAGCGGAAGGAGAAGAGGCGGCAGCAGCAAGAGAAGGGAGAGGCAGAGGCCUUGAGCCGGACUCUCGAUAAAUUGUCCCUGGGAGAGACAGCCCAGCACCCCAACGCUCCACAGGUCUCCCAGGCAGCCUCUGCAGCUGCCUCUGACCAGCCUGAGUCAGCUGCCACCACUGAGAAAGCCAAGAAGAUAAAGAAUCUAAAGAAGAAGCUUCGGCAGGUGGAAGAACUGCAGCAGCGGAUCCAAGCUGGGGAGAUAAGUCAGCCCAGCAAAGAGCAGCUGGAGAAGCUGGCAAGGAGGAGGGUGCUGGAGGAGGAACUGGAGGAUUUGGAGCUAGGCCUGUGAGGCCUGUGGGGAAUAGGGAAUGGACUACAGAACAAACCAUGGGGCUCUUUGGGGUCCUGGGGAAUGUGGGCGGUAGCAGUCAGGAGGGGUACCCCCCAAACUGGCUUGCUUUCACCUCUCGCUGCCCAAUUCUGUCCUCCAGAGCCUAGCCUUUCCCUCAUCCCUUCCCUUUUCUUUCCAACUCCUAUUUUUUGGACUUUGCUCCUCUCAUUCCCAGUGUUCCAAAUCUCAGUGACUACCCUAGGUACCUUUGCUGCUGAUUUGGGUGUUUUGUUUAAAAGAAAAUUGGGUGGGUGGGAAUCUCUUGGAGAGCUGAGGUUGUGGGUAGGGGGAGUAUGGCCAAGAGUCUUGGAGUCUUGGUUUCUGUUCACAGUGUUUAUGGGUCAUUUCUCCCUCCAGCCCUCACCUCUUUUUUUUUUUUUAAAAAAAAAAAAAAAAAAAAAA